GCCGGGCCGGGCGCUCCCGGGGGCCGGAGAGAAGUCUCCGAGCCGGGCAGGGCCGUCCCGCCAUCGCGGGCAGCGCUGUGGAUGGAAGAGUUCAUGGUUUCUGGUUUACGUAACAGCAGAGGCUGAAUAGGCAUGAAGGAGACUACAGUGGGAAUGAAAAGUGUCAAAAAAGAAGAAAUGAGUCCUACAAAUGAUGAUGCAGUGUUUGGGACCAUUUUUGACUGGGACUAUCUCUUAUGGGAAGUUCGUUUGACAAUUAUAGCUGCUGGUUUUUUAAUCUACUUGGGAGUGUUUCUUCUGUCUCACUGGUUGUCUUCAUGGAGAAGUACCACUUACCGUGCCUUGCAUGCAAAGGAGAAGGUGUUUUGGAAUAUGGCAGUCACACGUGGUGUGUUUGGACUUCAGAGCUGUGUUGCUGGGUUAUGGGCUUUGCUCAUAGAUCCCGUUUUUCAUGCUGACAAAGUGUAUUCACAGCAAAAGUGGAGUUGGUUUAACUGUUUAAUAGCUGCUGGAUUUUUCUUGCUUGAAAAUGUAGCAGUCCAUGUGUCCAACAUUGUUUUUAGAACAUUUGAUGUGUUCUUGGUAGUUCAUCAUUUGCUUGCUUUUGGUGGCUUGGCUGGUCUGGUAAUUAAUGUGAAAUCUGGACAUUAUCUGCCUUUGAUGGGAAUGUUGCUGGAGAUGAGUACUCCCGCAACGUGCAUUUCCUGGAUGCUUCUGAAGGCUGGCUGUGCUAACACCUUUUUCUGGAAGGCAAACCAGUGGGUGAUGAUCCACCUGUUUCACUGCCGCAUGAUUCUUACUUACCACAUGUGGUGGGUGUGUAUUUUCAAUUGGAAUUCUGUGGUAGAAAACCUGGGACUUCUUCACUUUAUUGUUUUAUUCUCGGGAUUAUUUGCCGUUACACUAAUACUUAACCCAUACUGGACAUACAAAAAAACUCAGCAACUCCUCAGCCCAACGGACUGGAACUUUGAAAAUAAAGCAAUGGAAAAUGGAAAAUUAAAUGGUGAAACACAACAAAAGAAGAGGAUAUAACACUGAAGCAGCAGUUUCCUAGUGGGGUAACGCAAAAGUACAAUGCGAAGUAAUUCCUUGCAUGUCAACUAGAAACUUUUGCAAGAAGCUCAUUGACACAGUGAUUCGUUGCUGGUAGCAUUCUGUAUGCAUCAGAAGUAUUGAAAAGCAUUGUUUGUGUUUCAUAUGUGCAUACACAUUAGAACUUCACCCUGUUAGUUAUGAAUUAUGCCAACAGUUUUGUCAAACUGGGCAGUAUUUCAUAAUUUAGUAGUGACAUGCUCCCUAAUGGCAGCCUCUGUCCUAAUGCUUCAAAGUGGCUUCACAGUUGUCUGUUAAGCUCAGCUUGAAUCAAGUUUAGCUUGAAUUGUAUUUCACAUAUGGCAGAGAUGCUGAUACUGGAGAUUACGUUAAGUUGUUUAUUAAGAUCAAUUAUGACCCAAGUUAGGUAUGCAUAGAUACCUAAUUCCUGUCUGCCAGUGAAUCAUUCCAAGUAGCUGAGCUGGUCAGUGGAAGAAUGCAGUCAUAGCAUAGGUUUCAUUUUUGUUAUUUGUUGGUUGGUGGGUUUGGUUUUUUUGUCGUUGUUUUUUCUUUUGUUUGUUGGGUUCUGUUUGGUUUUAUUUUGUUUGUUUUUUUUUUUUUUAUUUCAAGUUCACUUGAGGAACAGGAAGAUAAUUGUUUGAGUGUUCACUGUCAAAGUGAGUUGUAGUUUCAGGUUGCCCUCAGUAUAGGAGGAGUUUGUAUUCACCAAAACCAUGCAUGUGGGGAUGCACACAUUUGUUUUAUGUGUAGACUAGCUAGGUAAUCAUAGUAAUCCCUUCUGGAAUUGAAAUCAAUGAAAUACAAUUGGCAACAACAGGAUGUGAUUCUGCUUUGUCCUUCAAGACUGCUGCUUGAUUAGUAAAAUUAUUUUAUUUGUAAACUCCACUAGUUCCAUUAAUGCUCCUGUUCCUCUUAUUUUUGGAAAUGCACUUAGUUUUAGAGGAUUUUAGAAUCUGAGAUGACUCCUCUGUGUAGGAAAGCCCAGGUCACCUCCUGUAGAGUUCAGUUGUUCUUUUAAUGUUUUGAUUUACCUUUGAAGAGCAUACAAAAUGACACUAACAAUCUUUUGUACUUUAUCUGUCACAUCACAAAAAUCUGUCCUUGACCUGAGUAAUUUGGUUCCUUUUUAGAUAGGGACUAAUGUCAAUGGAUGUUCUCCCACUUAAAAUAUUGGUCUGAUGAUUCCUGGGUGAAGUGUUGGGAAGUGGAUUAAGGGAUAAAGAUCAUGAUAGAAGUGAGUGACGCCUAGUGGCAGGAGAAUGACAAAGAUACUACUUUUGGUGCACAGAACUAGUAAGAUAAAAAGCCUCUUAAUUGGAACUGUGUGUGAUACAACUGCUACACAGAUUUAUUUUGCAAAGCAUAAGACUGGGCAAGUGCAAACUGUGAAGAAUUUUAGGUCAAGCCAUGGGUUAGAGACUUAGUGUACUGAUCUGUGGUGGAGCAUAUUGUUUUAAAAGUGUAAGGAAAGCACUCUUUGAUGUAAACGGUCCCAUUUUAUUAAGUUUUAGUGGCAGUGUCUUUGAUUUUGUUCUAAGUGAAGGGAGGAAACUAGUGGUCAGGUUGUUGUGUUCCCUGAUUCACUCUGUGUGAGCACAGAGUUGAAUUACUGCUCUGUGAGGGAGAGGAAACGUGUUUCUAUUAGGUCACAAAUGUAUAGCCAGAUCCUGUUGAUAAUGAUGAAGUGGUGAAUGUCUGAAAUUGCCCAUUCAAAGCUAUGCUGAGAGGGUGACCCUCAAUAGAGAGGGCCAGUUGUUUUAUAUAGCAACCCUGUCUGUUAUUCUGCUUAUACUCAAUAGAGAACUUGGAGCUGUCUUCUUACUCCUAAACUGGGCAAAAUGAGGUUGCCAAGACACUACAAUGUCACCUCUCUGGGCACCAUCCUAUAGUAAAAAGAGUUCUCUAAAGCUUGAAAUGAUAUGCCUCUCCUGAGGAUUUGUGUGGGGGAGAGUACUGUUGUAAGUACUUUGGAAGAAAGGAGAGAGAUGAAUUCCUUGGAAAUGGAACUGAAAAAAUGUGAUCUGAAUGCAUAUGUAGCAGAAACCAAACCUCACUUCCAGGAGUUCCAGGGAGAAAGGCAGAGGGUAAGUCACCAGUGACCAGGUAUGGAAAUGAUGGUGUGCUCUAUGAAGCUUAACAUUUGAAGGUUUGGAUUCAAUAAAACAAGGUAAUAAUUGUAAAAGUCCCAGCUACAGGAUUCUGAAGAAUCCUAACAGAAAAUGGAAGCAUCAGAAGUAGUUCGGGCCAGGUGUGUAAUUCUUAUAGUGGCUGGCUAAAGGAGGGGAAAUUCUAUGUGCUAAAAUAAAAAAAUAUGGAGAGUGGGAGUUAGUAGUGAAUUUGUGACUGAAAAAAGGAGACAGAUGGAAAUUUAUGCCAUGGUACCUGAUGUGUAAAGUUUAAUAUUUUGUAUUAUUAAUUUGUUUAAUUUUAUUAAGUGGCUUUUACAUAUUUCAUUAAAAUUAUGUUUUUAUCAUCAUAAUGCAGUCUUUUUAGCUUGCAUCUUAGUGUGAGUUUUUUCAUGCAAAGAGCAUUAUGGAAUAUCUUAAAUCUUUUGCAUGUCUUAACUGUAUAAUGAAUAAUACCUCGGAACACCUGUUAACCUAAACACUGGUAGACCUUCUAGAACAAGAAAGCCAUGCAAUAAAAGAAGUAACAGCACUCA